AUGCUAGUAAAUCAGGACUCGCGCUUUGUGGUAAACCGGCUAAGAACCGGGGAGAUGGUCAUCACCGCACCCCGUGGCCUUCCCGCACAAAAUGAGGCGCUUCUCAUCGAGUGCUUCUUUCCAAACGAAGGUACGCGAAUUGCAUCGGUGCUGAUAAAGACCACAGCUGGUGUCAUCCCGUGUUUGGAGGGUUUUCGCUGUAGUGAUGGGUCCUGUAUUUCGUCUUGGCAGCGGUGCGAUGGUCAGGUGAACUGCGCUGAUGGCCUCGACGAGGCGAACUGUUCUUGCGGAAGAGUAAUGAUUGAGCCUGAGAGGAUUGUUCGACGUCCGUGGGAGGCCUUUAAUUUUACCUGUACGGCCUCCGAUCAACAGCGUCCAAUUGUUGCCCUCAGGGACACUUACACGCAGAUCGAUGGAAUUUCCGGACUUAUCGUGGAUCGGCCCUCUGAAAGCACAAUCACCGUCACUGCUGGCCAUGGCCUUCGAGAAGUCCAUGGAAAUAUGACGUUUGAGUAA